UAGUAACCUUGGCACCCAUGGCGGCCCAUGUCUUUCCCCAGAUCUGCCCAGACUCGACGGUCUGGUUUAGUGUGUCGAGUGUGUGAAUGCCCCCCACACUAGACUCCACUGGGGACGCGCCCCUGCACACCCCCCGUGCGGGGGAUAUUUCUGGGAAAAUCUCGUUGACGGGUGCUCGAUUUGUCGCCGUUGAGCUCGAUCAAAAACGCUCGGACCCCCAUCGACCAGUUUCCUGGCUGCUUUAGUGCUUUACCAUAGUGUAGCAGCCCAUCCAACUUCCCCCCAACUCCACGCUGAGGACGAAGGGAGUGAGCGUUGGAUCACCGUACCUACAUGUCAAAAAGCGGGUGCCUUGCGUGAUUUGGCGAUGUCGCGGCUCAAAUGGCCUCGAACCAGCAGACCGUAGUCGCCUCAGCCGCCUCAGGCACGACUCUCACAUCUCUCACACCUCUCACAACCCCAGCCGCGACCGCGAGCCCUGCCGCCGCCUAUAAGCGCGCCAGCCGGAAGGGCGCGCCCAAGAAGUUCGCCUGCGAGUGGCCCGACUGCGACAAGAUCUACUCGCGACACGAGCACCUCCAACGACAUCAAUUGAACCAUGAGCCCAAGCAGAUCUACAAGUGUAAUGUGCCAGACUGCAAUCAGAUCUUCGUCCGCCAGGACCUCCUGAUGAGACACAAGAAGCGUCAUUCCACUUCCUAUGUCCCCAGGAAUCGUGCAAGCAGCUUCAGCAUCCCCACCAAGGACUCUUCAUCCGAUGGCACCUCAGCCGCUUCGCCUGGUGUCACCACCAGUGCUCAGCCUGCCCCAACGCCCAUACCAUUGGCACCGGCGCCUGCUCCGGCACCACCAGUAGGCCAGGGCCUGCGAUCCAUGUCUGUGUCACACUCGGGUCCUCCACCUCAGUCAACUUUAUUUCAACAGCAGCCAGCUAGCAUGCCUCGGAACGCAUCCGUGUUGUUGAGUCCAAACUCCAGUAUAGCUUCUCAGCAAACGCCGGCGAGCUCCAUGGUACACACGCCUACUUGGCCUCGACCUAUGGAGGGAGUCAGUAUGCUACCGCCUAAGCCUACCUAUUAUCCCCAAGGCCAAGCUUCUUUGCAAGACCACUCAUCAUUCAUGCCUUACGAUUUACAGGUGCCUCACGAUUCAAGUGACUUCGCUUCGACCAACUUUGGUUUAUGGCUUUUCGAUAACCAGCGUAGCUACGGUGACUUUAAUGUCGCUAACUUGUCGUUCAUGGAGGGAGGACUGGAGUCCCCUUUCAACAACAACAUCCAUUAUGAUCACGAAUCUUUAACGAGUAGGUCUCAGGUUGACCACACACCACCUCGUCACCCUGACUUACCUGAUGAGCUCAUAUCCGAGCACCGACGCCUCGAGAUCGUGAAUUGCAUAAGUAUGUUCCGACGAAGACAGAAUGAAUAUGACUCCAGACUGGAUUACCUUCUGCAGGAGUCUGGAAACGACUUCCCUGCUAUUAACUUAGAUUUCCUGCAUGAAUGCGUUCGGCAAUACUGGGAUAUCGUGUCGCCACGCCUGCCCAUCGUUCAUCAACCUACAUUCUCACCUACGAGGUGUCCUGUUUACUUGCUCCUUGUCAUGAUUGCCCUAGGAGCUGCUCAGAUUCACGACCAGUCCCCUACCGGGGAGCACGAAGAUUAUAAAGCCCUUGCUAACCUUAUCAUCACUGCCAUCCGCCUGGAAAUCCUCGGUGAUAAGGGAGCGAUACCCCCUGUUGAUCUCUGGGUUGCCCAAGCGCUGCUGCUUGUAGAGUUCUAUGAGAAGAUGUAUUCAACAAGGAAACUACACGAAAGAGGUCAUAUAUACCAUGUUGUGACUCUCAACUACCUGAGGCGAGGUAGCCCACUUAUCGGCAAAGCGGGUUUAGAGUCGCCGCCGGAUGAACAAAACGGUAUCGAGCCAGGCCCUGAUGAUCGAACCUGGUGGGUCCGAUGGGCCGAAACCGAAGCUAUGCACCGAGUUGUAUUUGCCGCAUUCAUGAUGGAUGUUGUUCACGCUGCUAUGUUUGGCCAUGCCUCUGAUAUGGCGCCCCACGAGAUUCGUCUUCCUCUCCCAUGCGAUGAAGCCCUGUGGUCUGCUACGAGUCAAGAGAACAUGCGUCAACUCGAGGGAACUCUCCGCAUGUAUGGUGUGAAACCGGUCUUCUUCCUUGAUGGCUUGAAACGGGCCCUUCACGGACAAGAAGUCAGGACACAUUCAUUCGGACGCAUGAUCAUCAUGUGCGGUCUUCUUAGCGUCGGAUGGCAUCUUCGACAUCGCGAAACGCAUCUGAAGUGGCUAGAUAUGGCUCCCAAUGCGACCGAAACAAGGGAUAAAUGGUGCAAGAUGCUCUUAAAGGCAUUUGAUGACUGGAAGACGAGUUUCGACGACGCCAUUGGUUCCAGCAGCGCUGGUAGUGCUGACCCAAGUGGAUCAGGACAGCAGGCUGCUUCUAACGGCUUGAUCCAGAGUGCUGCGGUUCUAUAUCACUUGGCUUACAUUAGUCUCUACGUCGAUAUUAUCGACUGCCAAGUCUAUGCCGGCGCCAAGCGCUUAGUCGGCCGCAAAGUAUCGUCUCGAGAUCUUGCGAAUGUAAACUCGCGAAUGGUCGUGUGGGCUGGUCAAUUCCUCAGCAGACGAGCGAUCUUGCACGCAUUCAAGCUUCUUCAUCGGAUCCUCGUUGAUCCCCGUCAGAAGAAGAUUUCAUCGAUCCAAGACCACGGAAGUGGUAGUCGGGGCGGUAUCCAGUAUUCGACACGUGCUGAUUCUGACCCCCACCGACCGUGGAUCAUGUACUAUGCUACUUUGAGCAUAUGGUCCUUUACACAAGCCGUCAAAGGACAAGUCCACGGUACACCAUCUUUCUCGAGUCGCACACGUGGUGGCAUGAAUAGUGUACCUGAGUACCUCUCUAGAGUGGCCAAACUCUCUGAACUCGACUCUGUCACCGCCGCUACCCUGAGCGAUGGCGUACCCGACCUGCUCGAUGUCGUGUACAAGCUCUUGUCUCAGUCGCACUGGGAACUAUUGAAAGAGGCUUGUCAGAGGCUUGCUAAUUGCAAGGAUCUCAUGUACAGUGGUGGCGCGUCAUGAAUGAGAAUGCUGUGAAAGGUCUCAAACAUUUUGGGGUCUUUGUCUUGCUUACUGUAGACUCAGAAUGUCUUGGCGACAUGGAAGCCCCUGAACCGCCUUAGCCAUCACUAUACGCGGUCGCGCGUUACCCGCCACGAUUUUGCGAAAUCCUGUAAGAAACCAUUCCUACAUCAAAGGUGCCUGCCUCUAAUUCUGUUCAUAGCAAUAUCACCUGUGGAAUAAGUGCUAUGAAUGCAUUCUAUAUGGGAUACGCACUUCGCCCAAGCAUCUUGACGCUCGAGGACAUUGCUUUCCCUAGCUCAACCGCAAUCCAUCUUGCGCACUUUGAAGAGCGCCACGUUCAACCCUACAACAAGGAUACGGGCACUGACUGGAGGCGCCGAAAAUGUAGUAUGGCAUAUAUUUUUGGGAAGCACGCGAUUUAGUGUGAUAUGCGCAGGCAUCUAGCACCACCAGCAUCAUUGACGAUUGGGUGCCAGAAGGUGUUCUAUAAGGCAUCAUCAUGCAUAUACUCAGGGAUGCUUGGUUAGAUGACACAGGAUCUUUGGAGGGCCCAUUUACAUCAUACUAAUUGUGAUGUGACGUGAUGGUGUAGAAGAUCAAAAUGUCGAGUGCUACACCAAUUGUAUAUACCGCAAAACAAAAAAAUACCUAUUUAGGUAGUUAAUUCAUAGUCUGCACACAUGCACACCUACAUAAAAUAAUCAUAGCCUUAUUUCAACAAA